UUUUACAAGUAUACAUUCGUGGGCAUUCUAUUUUAGAGAACUUGCCUGAGGCAUGCAUUGUAAAAGCAUAGAAAGAUUUUUGUACACUCAUUAAAUUGAUAAAUGUAGAGAAAAUUUAUAAAAUAGAACCAACAUUGGUGUUAUAAACCCAUAGAUGUUACGAAUUUUGAGACAUUCACAUUCACUAUUUGCUAUUUAGUUGGGCCUAACUGAUAUAGAUAUGAGCACAAGUAUGUGGCGUGGACCAAACAUAUAUGCAACAGAACACUCUUGAUAUUUUCUUUCACUUGCUUCCUCAUCUAAAACGCAAUUUGCAUGAGCCCAGUCAUAUUAACAUAGCAGAUAUGUAUAAUUGUAUCGUCAAUAUAAUCAUAAUAAUAUAAUUAUAGGUUUUACGUGAUUUACGUUACUUUUAUCAAAAGAUAUCAUUAAUCAAAUCUGUACCAGACUACACUCUACACAUAUCUGGAUUCGUAUCAUAAUAUACGUCAUACUUCAUUACGAAUUUUAUAUAAUCAGGAAAAAUUUAAUAAUAUCUUUAAAAAAUUUAAAUGUUGGUAUAGCUAAAUCACUCAUUCUUUCGUCAUCCAUUGUAUCAAAAGUGCCUUCACUUAAAUUAAUUUAUAUACAUACAUAUUGAUUCUUAAAGAGAAACUAAAGAUUCACAAAUUCAAACCAAAAGGCUUAAAGACUCUAAACCUGAUCAACAGAAAACCUAAUGGACACGCCUAAAUUCAUGGUAACGUAAUUGGUGGUGAGGUGUGACGGUGUUACUUAAGGGAGGCAUCGUCCAUUGCGUGGGACCAAAGCAUCCAUGCAAUAGCAUAUCCACAUAUAUAUCAUUUAAUAAUCUAACAAAAUCUUGCCAAGAUCUUUCUUCUGAUUAAAUUCAAUCGAGACUGAGGUACCCCACAGUCCCACACACACAAAAUAAAUAAAUAGCCUUACAAAAAUCCAACGAUGAUAAAAGCUAAUUAAAUAAUGACAAAAUAUUAAAGGAUCGUAAAUGGACGGUGGCUUCGGUACAUGAAAAGAGGUGUAAAAAGGUUUCGGUUUCAGUAAAUCGAAACCGAAACAUCGAACUUCGUCAAGGAUUCAACUAAAAUUCAAACAUAUAGCAUUUAAUGAGUCUUACGUGUUCUGGUCCUCCUUAGUGAAGUACCCAUACUCACUUCACAUGGUCUUCACUUUAGUCUAAUUAGAUAGGCCCUACCUCAUUGACCUUUAUGUCACUGAAGAUGUGUAUUUAUAUAAAGUAUAAACCCUUACUAAAGUACCAAACAAGCAUAACUCAAAACCCCCAUUUUAUCAUUAUUACUUGAAAUGUAUGCGUCUUCAUUGUCUCCAAGACUUCAUAAAGCAUACAAAGCUAGAUGUGUUAGCUUACCGGUUCGGUUGCAUCCAAGUGUUAGGAGGAUUCAAGAAGUGGUCUCCAGGGUUAGAGCUUUGGGGUCGUCUUCGUUGGAGUCGAGGACGAUGGUCCGUGACGGUCUCUCCGGUCUCACAGAGAUUUAUAGAUGUUUAAGUGAAGAUCUCUUCAAGUCUUCUUCUGAAACUCAACAAGCUCUUCUUAAUAGUGGCUUGAUGGAUGAGCUUCUUGAAGUAUCGUUGAAGUACUUGGAGGUUUGUGGAGGAGCUAAAGACGGUGCGUCGAGGAUCAAAAAGAGUGUUGUUGAGCUUCAGUCAGCUUUGAGACGGAGCAAGAAGGGAGGUGAGUUUAGCCUCGAGGGUGACGUUGAUGCUUACCUAGCGACGCGCAAAGAGAUCAAGAAGGAGAUCAAGAAGUAUAUGGUGAUGUCGAAAGAGACAGAAGCGUGUUUAGAGAGUAGUGUUUGGUGUGGUGGUCGUGAUGAUCAAGACAUGAGUGCUUUGGUUAGAGUGAUGCAAGAAACAAGUGUGAUCACUUGUUUCGUCUUACGCACCGUAUUGUCGUUCUUGUCGUCGCCAAAAGGGUUAAAGAGUAAGAACCAUCAUCAACACAAAGGUUGGGGUAUUGUUAUGAAGCUUGUGAAGAAAGGAAUAGAUCAUCAUCAUCAUGAGAAAGAGUUUUCUUGCCUUGAGCUUGAAGCUAUGGAAGCUGAGCUUGGGAAGGUCGUUGUGGUGACGACAAGGGAAGAUCAAGAAGAUGAGAAAGAGAUAAGUGAGGAAGUAAGUGAGAUGAUUCAAUGUGCAGUGGUUAAAUCGAAAGAUGUGGAGGCAGCCAUGGAAGAGCUCGAAGAGGGACUUGAAGGAUUGUUCAAGGUGAUGAUACAAGCUAGAGUGUCUCUUCUUAACAUCCUAUCCACUUAAAAAAAAAUAGAACCAGAAUCGAGCUUCUUGCUCUUGACCAGAUCAAGUGGUUUUAUAAUCUUGGUUUGGUAUUUGUUUUCCUGUGUGUUGAAAGAUAGUUUAGACAUGCAUCCAUGUAUUAGAGGAUGUGUGUUGUUGUAACUUUGUAAACUCUUCAUGCGUGAACAACUCUUGUAAAGGUUUAAAUAUCUAUUAGUCAAAAAAGGUUUAAAUAUCUA